UGUUUUUUUUUAAAUUUUGGUCCAUUUACAAGCGAUUUAAAAAAUCAGGAUGCCUAGAUUCUUAUAAAAAAAACAUUAUCUAAGCUUGCAGGCUGCAGCUUCUUACUGUCAACCCCUGAAUCAGCGUUUUGUGGGCUUAUCAUUAAUUAUGAAACUUUUUAGUUUGGGCCUAUAUGCAGAAAUAAUAUUCAUAUUGCUAUUAUCAUCUUCUCUGCUCGGCUCUCGGUCAAUGUCUCGUUUAAUUUUGCUUUUUAUCAUUGCCGCUGAACGCUGAAUGUUUUAUCGGUGGGGACUCAUUAAGGGGGGGGGGGCUUAUUAAAAAUUUUACAUCAAGGGUGGAGCUUAGUCGACUGUGGCUCAUACGAGAGGGCCAAUUAAAGAAAUUACUGUAAAUGUCCAUUUCUUUAUGGCCAGGACUAACUGCCACUUUUCAUCAGAACCUAUCGGUAUUGUGUUGCCACUUCGCUAAACAGACCUGCAGUCAGUGGCAACCCACUACACUCUUUUUUUUAUAAGAACCAGUAAAUUUAAGUUCAGGCUGACUGUUCUUAAUUUUUUCGAAAAUCUGAGGCUGGAUUGUUCUUAAUUUGUUCUUGAAUUAAGAGGGUGUAAGCGGUGCUAUUGCUAGCUUUUUCGCUCUAAGGAGGUGUUCAGUCCUCAUUUGCCAACAAAUUGAGUGAGACAGCCUUAAUUUGCUGAUAAAUUUGAAUAUUCACCGAAAAAGCACUCACACAUCGCUAAAAAUCCUCAAUUUUGAGAAAAAACGUUGUUCAAAAUUGCAUUUUGCAGAAACUCAGCCUCAGCUUGUUCUUAAUUUGUUCUUAUUUUUCGACCAGUUUUGAGGCUCGUGUUCUUAUAAAAUUGUUCUUAUAAAAAAAGAGUGUAAUAUGCCUUAUAUUUUUUAUUAGUGAGCAAUUUGCUAACAGUCGUUUUGAGAAGGAGAAAAGUUGGAUGAUUUCAUACACAAGGCAGAGAACCAUUAACACAGAUCAAAGUGACUUUGGUGUGGUCAUAGGUGUGACUGUGGGUGUGGUGUUGGGCGUGGCUUCUAGAACUUGUCUAAAACACAGUCCGAAUAUUAACUUUUUAGAGCGACACCACUAACUGCAAUUGGUUAAUUUGAGCUUUUUUCACUAAAACAUAAAUUCGUGACUCAAAGGACGAUCUUUAUUGGGUCGGGUUACGCACAGGUUGGCAUACCUAAACUAAAAUGUUGAAAUAUUUCAACUGACAAAUAUUUCAAUCAUUAUUUAAACUGAUGUUUAAACUAUCAUUUCAACUUAUAUUUCGACUCCUAUGUCACUCCUUAAAAUGCAAUUUAUUCGGGGGAGCAUGCCAUCGGACCCGCCUACUUGUGUACUGUAAAAAACAAUGCCAAUAGUUCUUCUUUGUAAUUCGUAUUUCACUUUGCGGUAUGAAAUAAUACUUCAAAAACUUGUGGCGUCUGUUUCACUUGAGUUGUUCUUUUACAGUUUUGUGAUCAGAUCAGAAACAGCUUUGUGAUGGUGAGUUUGUAAAAGAAACCGGAUGUGAUGUGAUAAAUGUUUAAUUUUGUGUAUCUCCUCAGGCUAAUCCAGCCCGCAGUUCAACCACUCCAAGCAGUGGCAUAAACCUUGAAAAUGGAAAAGGAACCUUUGCGAGCCGAAGCACAAUCUACUUAUUCAGCUGAUGAAAAAGCAAGCAAUGACGGUAGUGGGAUCGGAGUCGCAUUUUCAGGCGGAGGUAUCCGUUCUGCAGCAUUCUCCUCUGGCGUUCUCCGGCGUAUUCUACAGAAGAAGGUACAGGUGGCAUAUCUAAGCUGCGUCUCCGGUGGUGGAUAUACAGGCAGUGCAUACGUGGAAUGGAAGUAUCGUAAUGGUGGUUUAGACAAUCCUCAAUGGCACGAAAAGUUCUUCAACCAUAUGCGAAGAAACACGAGCUCACAGUGCAACUGGAGGAACCCAAUACAAGGACUUUUCGACUCUAUCUUUGUGGUAGUGAUGCUGAUUUUCGUUGUGUUUCUUAUCCCUGCUUUGAUAUGGAUGCCACUAACAUUUCCACUCGCUUACUUGGUUGAUUAUUUGCUUGGGCCCCUUAUGCGCUCAGGUUUUAUCUGUGAAGGGCAAGCUGGCUUUAAUACGACUUUAGCUAACCAGACCGUUGUUCAUAUAGUUCCCAAUGAUCAAUUAAUCUGCUAUGCUUUAAAAGACAGAGAAGCCCAAACACAAGCAAUUCUCUAUAGCAGCCUUCUCAUCGGAAUCAUACUCUUUUACAGCCUAGCUAAGAUUGUGAGCAGCCAGGCUCAAUAUUUUUUUCAAAUAUCAACGGGAAUAACUACAGUAUUACUUGCCUUUACGUUCCUGCCAUGGUUUUUCGAGCUGUAUAUAGCCUCUGUUCCUAUAUGGUUGACUGGAGUCGUCCUUUUGCUGGGGGUCAUCCUAUGGAUGGGCAUUCCUCCGCUGAGGUCCAAGGCUUCCUGGACGCUGCUUAUUUAUGUUUAUACAUACGGGAUCAAGUACAGAGUGUACAAGAAUCCAGUACUUGGUAUUAAAUACGACGAGAGAAUAUUUCUAAUUAUAACGUGGGCUGCUACUGGUUUGCUGUUGCUGGCACCGUUUCUAAACAUCAUUCAACGAGGUUGCAUCCACACUUUUUACAGGUGCAAACUCCAGAAGGCAUUUUAUACGUCUCAGAGUGCUGGUUUUUUUGGAUGUGGCGGGAUAACAUGUGCUGAUUUUCUGACAGCAACAGCAGGAUUUGUGAAAAGUGAAUACGACAAAAUUGAAGAGCAAGAUAAACAGAUCCUGACACUUAGAGAUCUAAGGCACAUCCAACCGCUCUAUGUUUGCAAUAUGCUGGUCGAUAACUGGAUCUAUGAAGAUUCUUCUGAUCCGGACGUAGCUUUUACUGUCCUAACAAUCAGUCCGGAGCUUAUAGAGCGCAUUGACGAUGACGACUACAAAGAUUUCGACGAAAACAUGAUUGGUCCUUCAGAUAUCAAGCUUUCAGAUGCCAUGGCAACAUCUGGUGCUGUCGUAUCAUAUCAUAUGGGUGGAUACAAAAACGAGGCAGCUCUUAGCCUCCAAAUGAUGUUUGGUCUUACGAUGGGGAAGUCAUGGCUGGCAGAUAAGAGGCUUUUGAAGAAGAGCACAUGUGGAGUUAUCGUGCCAUACAUCAUUCAAAUCAUUUUGAUGGCGCCAUUGCUACUUGUGCCUGUGGUCGACCUAAAUUGGUACCUGCCUAACAUUGCUGGCUAUGUGCUUAUGGGUAUAUUCAUUGGAUUUAUGGUGCUUCUUAUCAUGAUUUCAAUGUUGCCAACUGGAAAGAGCAGGACCAGCCAACUGGAGAUGUUUGUCAGAUGGUGCAUUGUGAAUAUUUAUCAAGUACGAUUCCUGCGGGAGACUCUGAUGAUAAACAACAUUGGUGAAGUUCCUCCGCCGAUUUUGUAUCUGAGUGAUGGUGGCCAUGUUGAAAAUCUUGGCGUUCUAGCGCUACUCAAACAGCGAAUGAGGAAAAUUAUAAUAGCAGACGGGGGCAUGAAAUCAAACAACGAGGAAGCCGGGAUUGAUCUUUUGCACUCGCUAGAAAUGGCGAGGAAAAAGUUGCGGUGUUCCUUCAGCGGAGUUGACGGUCGUGACAUUCUUGAAGAUCUUCGCGAUAAAUUCGUUGAACCAACAUUUGAGAAAUACCCACGACAUUACAAUUUUAAAGUCCAAUAUUAUGAAAAAAACGAGAAAACUGGAGAGACAAAACAAGUCGGCGAGGGAGAUAUACUGCUGCUAAUGCCAAGGCACCCAUCUGAAGGCGUUGAAGCAGAUGUUGAGAAUACCUGGGCUGAAUACGAGGCUGAUACGGGGGUCACAUUGAAAACGAAGAAAUGGGGAAAAGGCCCGGUGUUAUCUGAAAGAGAGGCAAAUAGAUUGACAGGAGCGUUUUGCGAAUGUUGCCAUUUGGCUUGCUGUAUGAAAUGCUGUGCGCCGUUGUUUGGUCGAUUCCCGCAACAUAGCACCGCAAAUCAGUUUUUCACACCGGCCAUGUUCAGUGCUUAUCACAGGGAGGGAUACAGAGCGACGGUAGAAAGCCAACUGGACGAUUUUCUGGGUAGUUAGAUGCGCUCAAGGCCUCUCGUUGGGAAUUAACUAUGAGUGCUCAUAUUCCAAUUCGAGUGUCUUAAGGCACUAUAAACUUAGAAAUUUGAAUUGAUUCACUAGUUUAUAUUGGUGUUAUGUGUUUUUGUGGCUCUCACUGGAGUGAAAGGACAAUUUUUUAAUAUUUUAAAAACCGUGGGUAUCAUUAGGACACAUCAUUUUUGUAGAUCGCUGUGUACUUUAUAUAACGUGAUGAAUAUCAUUCAGGCUCGAUAGAAUUGUAUCAUCGAUAUUGACAAGCAAGCCAUGCGCGUAGAUGUUGUUAAUCGGUUUUAUUUGACACUGACAACAUAUACACGAUCUAAUAUGUAACAAUAUAAACUCGAUCUAAAUUUAUUUUUGUAAUUAGCUGUUUUCAAGACGCUUGCAGUGGUGCUAAUGUCUAUUAGGAAUAUGAAAUUAUGAAUUAUCAGUUUUAACGUAACUUUAAAAACUGAUGUUUAUUAAUCAGUGCUGAGAUAUGACCAUAAAAAUGUUACAAAAACAUAAAAAACGCUGCUAAGAACUUAUAGGAUAAUCACCAAAAAGUUAGAUUUUUGUAAAAAAAUAGAAUACAUUAUUUUGAAGUUUAAAUGUAUAUGCUAAUAACUUCCAGAAUAAUUAGCAAAUAAUAAGAUUUUUGUACAACACGUUCAAUGGGUCUGAUUCACACGUUUUCCUUGCUGGUAAAUGAUUUGGUGAAGAGGCAAGUUACCUGACUGUUCAAAAGAGUUUUCAAAAUCUUUUAACCCCUAGAUCCAUUUUCAAAUGCAAAAUGUAAACAACAUCUGCAUUAACGACAAUAUGUUUACCUUUUGUAGCAAGAAAAGUCGACCUAACUGAAUCUUUUGCGAAAUAUUGCAAUUUUGAUAUGGCAGCAUUUUCCUUGAAAGGUUAUGCCUCAGGGAACCUACAAAUAGGUAGCGAAAUGACUUAUAGGUCAUAUGUUGGCAAUGGCACUUUGUUGGAGUUUCAAAACAAAAAAAUCAAAUCUUUUCCAAAACAUGUGGUUCUUAUUGGUAUUAACUACCAGUCUUGAAGUUUUGAUUUUUUCAUAAGCUUUACAUACUUUCUGAGGAAGGAAGUCGAGAACUAAGUCCUCAUGAACUCUCUGUGACUGAGACAAAUAAACAUUUUUCUUCUUUUUGCACUCCUGAAUG